AUGGAGGUGGCCCUGGUCAACUUUGAGAGCCUGGAGGAGCUUGACGGCAGUCUUGAGGAUGAGGUGGACAACUAUGCUGAUGAGACCACAGCUCUCACGGUGGACCUACCCCCAGAGGACACCAGCUCAGGCGGCAACUACCUUCUGCGAGCUUCUCAACUUUCCUCUACUCCCUCCCAUCACAGUACUGUGCCCUCCUGCAUUUGGGAAUCCACCUCAUCUUCACCCAUUCAACAAGCACAGACACUGGUGGUGCCCCAGUCCCCUACGCUACCAUCCCCAAGCAGGCAGGGGCGCAGUAGCUGUGCCAGCCUAAUCUCCAACUGGAAAUUGCUGCUAAGUAGUGAGGGCACUAAGGAGAGUGAGACGAUCUUCAAUCGGCUUGCUAAGGAGUGCUGCGAAGAUUUAUUCGCCGAUAAACCAGGUCUCGAUAAUGGAGAACAGAAAGUCAUCAUUAACAUUGCUGGUCUCCGAUUUGAGACGCAGUUCAAAACCUUGGACCAGUUUCCUGAAACCCUGCUUGGAGACCCUUUGAAGAGAAUGGAGUACUUCGAUCCAAUGAGGAAUGAGUAUUUCUUUGAUCGGAACAGACCUAGUUUUGACGGAAUCUUGUAUUACUACCAAUCAGGGGGUAAGAUCAGACGACCAGCUAAUGUUCCCCUUGAUGUGUUUGCAGAUGAAAUUGUGUUUUAUGAGCUUGGAACUGAGGCCUUGGAGCAGUUCAGAGAAGAUGAAGGAUUUAUAAAGGAUGUUGACAUACCUCUACCUUCUAAUGACAUGUUUAAGCAAUUCUGGUUACUGUUUGAGUACCCAGAGAGCUCCAAUGCUGCCCGGGGUGUAGCACUUGUGUCUGUUUUUGUUAUUGUCAUAUCCAUCAUUAUUUUCUGCAUGGAAACUCUUCCGGAAUUUAGAGAUGACUCUGACCCAGUUGUACCCACAGCUCUACAACCUUUCAACCAAUCCAGAGGCAACACGGCUCCACCUGAUACCAAGACCACAACCUUCUCUGAUCCCUUCUUCAUCAUUGAGACCGCCUGCAUCAGCUGGUUUUUCUUUGAGCUCCUAGUGAGGUUUUUGGUCUGUCCCAGCAAAAAGGAAUUUUUCCACAACAUCAUGAACAUCAUUGACAUUAUAUCCAUAAUCCCCUAUUUUGUUACUGUGAUUACAGAAAUGAUCACAACGCCAGAAGUGAACUCAGGGCAAAACAUGUCUUUGGCCAUUCUUCGUAUCAUCCGCCUUGUCAGGGUGUUUCGUAUAUUUAAACUCUCGCGUCACUCCAAGGGACUGCAAAUCCUGGGACAGACUCUGAAAGCCAGUAUGCGUGAGCUUGGCUUGCUCAUCUUCUUCCUCUUCAUUGGAGUCAUUCUUUUCUCCAGUGCUAUCUACUUUGCUGAGGUAGAUGAGCCUAACACACAGUUUGUCAGCAUACCUGAUGGAUUCUGGUGGGCUGUGGUUACCAUGACCACGGUGGGCUAUGGGGACAUGUGUCCCAUCACCUUGGGGGGCAAGAUGGUGGGCACCCUGUGUGCCAUCGCAGGUGUGCUGACCAUCGCUUUGCCUGUUCCUGUUAUUGUCUCUAACUUCAACUACUUCUACCAUAGAGAGACAGAGGCAGAGGACAAGUUGCCGUUGAAAGAUGCUAAUGAGAAAGACAUGAAGGCUGAGACAGAGCAGGGUAGCAACACCUCGCUCAAUAUACCCAAUGGCAUCUGGCAGACAUUCAAUUAACUGAAGCACUCUGUUAAGAAGAAGAAGAAACUUCCACAAAGCAGUGUAAUCAUUUUUAAGAUAUAUAGAAUAUGCAGAGAUUUAACUUUCAUGAUUUGUCUUGAAGAAGGACUUAGUGAGGUAUCUUGUUUGUAUACUUAAAAAAUAUGUUUUAUAGUAAAAUACAGGGAAUACCCUAAUUACCUCUUUAGUGUCUAUUAUGAGAAUGACACACUGUAAAUAUCAAACAAGUCAUGUUCAAGAUGUCAACAUAAUAAGAGUUUACUUUGUGUUAGGACAAUUUGUUUGUUAAGCAUAAAAAAACCCUUAUUGUCAUAUUUCAGCCGUAUAUAUGUUAAAAGAUGUUUUUUAUAAUUGUGUUUUUAUUUGUAGUAUCUUAGCCAUUAAUCCUAAUGCUCAUAGCAUUUUGCGCACCAGCUUGACUGCUGAGAUUUUGGACACACGGACUUGAAACAAAACUUUAAAAAGAGUAAAAUGUCUUUGAGGGCCAUGAAAGUACAAGAGUUAUAGAGGUUUAACCAGACACAUUUAAUGAAAAUAAAAGAGAAGAGUUAAAUGCCACCUGCCCGCUUGUUAGAUGGAGCCCCUUCUUGGCUCAAUUUAUAGGAAUGACCUUUCUAAGGCAAACUACUAGAGCAAAGACUUCCUGCAGAUGUGCAAAAUCAUCAAGUGAUAGGACUGAUGGCCAAUCCUACUUAAAUAGGACCAAGGUUGUUUGAGAAAAUAUUGCAAAACACAAAUAUAUGUCAAAAAAAAAUGUCAGUAAAAUGUGUAUCUUGUAUAUAUUUUGUGGGAUAUAGCCCUGCUGUAUUUAUUUAUUUAUUUUCAAAAACGUCAUACGAUUUCAUUGUAUUUAGUCAUUCUCUCUGAUACGUAUCAUGGGUAACAAUACUACACUAAUUAUGUGGUCUGACUUCACACUAUGUAUUUAAUGGAGUGCCUUAAAAUACGUAUUUAGGAAACUGUUGAACUCGCCAUACACCCAUCAUCAUGCAUAUAUACUUUUUGUUUUUCCUUUCAGCUUGGUUGAAAAUGUACAAGUUGUUCCGACUUCUGGCAUUUGAUUGUGAGAGUUAUUUUCCAAAAUGCUCUCCGACACAGAAAUGCAUUCUGACCUGAAUACAGUCUAUUGUAGCCAAAGUACCGCAAAGAUUGAAUCUGUUUGGGAAGCAUAUACCCUUUGGAUCUCAUGCUAUAAACAUCAUCACUAUCCAUAAGUGGACAUCAUAUUGACAGAGUAAAAGUUUCAGUUACAAUGUGAUCAGAAAAAAAAGAGGAAGUAGUGAAAAUCCAAAGAUGACUGUGAAUACAGGGUACAAAGAGAACUGUUACAGGGCUGUUGCAGGACUAAUUGUAAAUUAUGCUGUGUUUAUUGCAAUGUCAAAAAUUGUUUGUUUUUGUAUCUGGUAUUUACUGAUUAUAAAAUAAAUGUUUGAAAGUAAGUGGCAUGUAAUUAUAGCUCCAGGAUAUUAUCUCAAAAUAGCUUUAGUCUUGUAUAAUG